GGACGCGCCCGCAGCCAAGAAGGGGUUGGGGGCCCGGAGGCAGGAAGCCCGGGCCGGAGGAGCGCCGGGAACGCGGGUGGUCGGGUAGCCUGCGAGGCCCCGCGUGGAUGUUCGGCGUCUCCCCUCCUCCUGCAGGAAUUAAAGCUGAGACUCCCAUCCAGCAAACAGACCUGUCAUUCCUGGUGUGAUUUGCUGUCCUGAAGUCACAGAGCUUGGACCCUGGCUCCUCUUUGUGACAGACUAGGGAGAUGGAAGCCUUAAAAUCUGAAAAUAAAAAGAGAGUCCUUCCCACCUGGAUGACAGCCCACGGGGCUGAAAAGAAGACCACCAAGAGGAGGAGAGCAGACCUGGUGCCCACGGCGGCAGCAAGACUUCCUGCCACGAGGACCGUGUACUGCAUGAAUGAAGCUGAGAUGGUAGACGUCGCUCUGGGGAUCCUGAUUGAGCGCGUUAAGGAAGCGCAAGCCCAUCUGCUUUGCCUGCCGUUUCUCCUACUCAGCAGGGCCGAAAACAGGAAAAGCCUUGGGAGCAGCCGCCCCUGGCCGGCGCUGAUAAGCCAGCGCGCUCCCCGGCCAGCUCGGCGCCGCCGGCACCGCGUCCCCCCGGGACCAGGAGUGAGGACGAGGAGCGCGGCGGCGAGGACACCCCUGCGCCGGUCCCCCGCCCUCCCCCGGGGCCCGCCGGCUCUGAGCCGGCCCGCAGCCCAAGCCCCGAGCAGGACCACGAUGCGUUAAAAUACGUCCGGGAGAUAUUUUUCAGCUGAGGAACAAACGUCCAGGACUCUCUGCUCAGAGCGGCCGGGGCAGAGUCCCCCCGCCCCCCGGGCGCAGAAGCCCCAGGACACUUGAGGCCUUGGGAAGUGAGGAGUCAGACUGAGCUCCCGCUAGGGUUCCUUCCCACGCCCUGCGCAAGCCUAGCUCCCAGGGCCGGGGACCCCAGCCGUCUGUCUCCUUGUCACCUGCUUCCAGGGAAAUGAGGUCGUGAUAGUCAAACAUACUGGACCCAAAGCGUCACCUUCAUUGUGUUCAGAGAAGAACAAGGGUGGCUGCGAAGUCCACCAGGAUUCCCACGCCCGGUCUCCUGGAGGAGGAAGCCUAUUUUAAAACGAGCUUCCACCCCGAGGCCGUCAAUCCAUCUGCCAGCCCUCACUCGUCCAGCCCUGAAUCUGACCUCCAGCAGCAGAGCUGGGCUUCCUCUGGGAACCUGAGGCUCUGUGUCCAGACUGGGAAGCCUCCUGACUGGUCAGACAGGCCUCCUCCCCGGAGCUGCCACCUUUCUCCCCCUUGGUGGCCUGGGCCUUGACCCCUGGGGAGAUUGGGACAGGAGCCCAAAGGAGACAACAAGGACAAGCCGUCACGCCGGAGUGUUUUGGCCUCUGUAUUCAGUGCAGCUUUUGACAGGCAUAGAAUGAGGCGACCACUUGCUGUCUAGGUUUUCAAUACAUGGGUGCUAAAAAUACACAGAAUCCCCCAGUGG